ACAAAACACAUUUCAUACAUGAAACCUAAAUGGACCGUCAUAACGUUAGGUGAUUUAAGAUGAAAAUCCCGUUGAAAUGAUCAGUUUUUAAAGUACUCCAUAAACCAUCUUGAUGUUUGAUGUUGUAAGUUCCUUUAAUUCGUCAAAAUUGCAUCCAUUGAGCUUAAAUAACCUUGUCGCUAGACAGCUUGUAGCUAGCAGUUUAACUAGCUAAUGCAGAUUCUCUAGUUAGCUAUAAUUUAACCUUCACCUAGUUAAUUACUUAAACUUUUUUGAAAGUUGAUUUAAAUAAGUGUGUUUUAAAGCACAUGACUUUAUAAAGGUCUGGCAUAUUUUAACUUCUGACAUAAAACCGAACUAUGCAGGUGGAUUUAACACCAGCUAUUAGAUACACCUGAUCGCUUUGGCUAGGUUAGGUUAGCUAGGUUAACUAAAUAUGUUAAGAAACUAGGUUUGAUGUUUGGACAGGAGAGCGACCUACCACACAGUGCAUGAUAGCAUUCACUGAUGUCAGGGUUUUUAUUGUUAAUUCGUUAGGAGUGUGUACGGGAGUAAACAUUAGCAUGUGAAUAAUAAGCACAGUGGUGCAUUUGUUUUUUUUGGAAUAAGAAGUAUAGUGCUCUCACUGUUAAGGCAGACAAGAUAAUGAUGCCUACUAAGCUAUUAACACGCCUCACCUCACAUCCAAUAAGGAAAAUUCCACCACAGACUUGUUACUCCUAUCUCUCAAGCAUCCAGAGGGACAAGCAAGAUAAGAAUGCAGUUGCUUUUCCACCAGACUACUGUUUUAUGAAGAGGGACUUUCAGAGACACAGAGUAUGGUCAUUGGCUGGCCACAGGCAUGGGUUAUCGAACAAGAGAUCAUUCAGUCUCACCCCCAUGGGUAUAGUUAAUGCAGCCCCAGUGUCUGUGCAGCCGUACCUCCGACUAAUGAGGCUGGACAAACCUAUUGGGACGUGGCUGCUCUACCUACCAUGUACGUGGAGUAUUGGGCUGGCUGCAGACCCUGGCUGCCUCCCUGACCUGCACAUGCUCACCCUGUUCGGCACUGGUGCCCUGCUGAUGAGAGGGGCUGGCUGCACCAUCAAUGACAUGUGGGACAAAGACUUUGACAAGAAGGUGGUCCGGACCGCCAUGCGACCCAUAGCUGCAGGAGAGAUCUCUCAGUUUCAGGCUCUGGUCUUCCUCGGGGGCCAACUCAUCUUAGCGUUGGGAAUUCUUCUCUGUCUCAAUUAUUACAGCAUUGCCCUAGGUGCUGCUUCAUUAUCACUGGUCGUCACCUACCCUCUAAUGAAGAGAAUAACAUACUGGCCUCAGCUCGUAUUAGGUCUCACGUUUAACUGGGGUGCUUUGCUGGGCUGGUCUGCUGUGACUGGAUCAUGUGACUGGACCGUGUGCCUGCCUCUCUACUUCUCUGGUGUCAUGUGGACAUUGAUAUACGACACCAUCUACGCUCAUCAGGACAAGGAGGAUGAUAUCAAGCUGGGAGUGAAGUCCACAGCACUCAGGUUCCAGGAACAUACCAAGCCCUGGCUGGGUGCCUUUACUGUGGCCAUGGUCUCAGGUCUGGUGCUAGCAGGAGCUAAUGCUAAUCAGACUCUCCCUUACUAUGCCGCUGUGUCUACAGCAGCGGCUCUGCUAACACAUCAGAUCUAUUUGUUGGACAUCAACAAGCCUGAGGAUUGUUGGAAGAAAUUUGUCUCCAAUCGUAAUCUAGGACUACUGUUGUUCUUGGGAAUAGUUGCUGGCAAUUUGUGGAAGAAAAGAAGCGACACUCAGUGUGACAGUUAAACCCCAUUACAAAUCGACAGAAAUAGUAAUAUUAACCAUUAAUUAUCAUGCUAUACUCUCUUUGGUAAUGUAUGUAUAAAACCAAGAUUUCACACAAAUGUUCCUUUAAAACAUUUAUUAAAAUUUCUACAAACA